AUGAUCGCCGCCCAGGCCAAGCUGGUGUACCAGCUCAACAAAUACUACACGGAGCGCUGCCAGGCCCGCAAGGCGGCCAUCGCCAAGACCAUCCGGGAGGUGUGCAAGGUGGUGUCGGACGUGCUGAAGGAGGUGGAGGUGCAGGAGCCCCGCUUCAUCAGCUCGCUGAGCGAGAUCGAUGCCCGCUACGAGGGGCUGGAGGUGAUCUCGCCCACCGAGUUCGAGGUGGUGCUCUACCUCAACCAGAUGGGCGUCUUCAACUUCGUGGACGACGGCUCCCUGCCCGGCUGCGCGGUGCUCAAGCUGAGCGACGGCCGCAAGCGCAGCAUGUCGCUCUGGGUGGAGUUCAUCACCGCCUCGGGCUACCUGUCGGCCCGCAAGAUCCGCUCCCGCUUCCAGACCCUAGUGGCCCAAGCCGUGGACAAGUGCAGCUACCGGGACGUGGUGAAGAUGAUCGCGGACACCAGCGAGGUGAAGCUCCGCAUCCGGGAGCGCUACGUGGUGCAAAUCACGCCCGCCUUCAAGUGCACCGGGAUCUGGCCGCGCAGCGCUGCGCAGUGGCCCAUGCCCCACAUCCCCUGGCCCGGCCCCAACAGGGUGGCCGAGGUGAAGGCGGAAGGCUUCAACCUGCUCUCCAAGGAGUGCUACUCGCUGACCGGCAAGCAGAGCUCCGCCGAGAGCGACGCCUGGGUGCUGCAGUUCGGCGAGGCCGAGAAUCGGUUGCUGAUGGGCGGCUGCAGGAACAAGUGCCUAUCGGUGCUGAAGACCCUCCGGGACCGGCACCUGGAGCUGCCCGGCCAGCCGCUCAACAACUACCACAUGAAGACUCUGCUGCUGUACGAGUGCGAGAAACACCCCCGGGAGACCGACUGGGAUGAGGCGUGCCUGGGGGACCGGCUGAACGGGAUCCUUCUGCAGCUCAUCUCCUGCCUGCAGUGCCGGCGCUGCCCCCACUACUUCCUGCCCAACCUAGACCUCUUUCAGGGCAAACCGCACUCAGCCCUGGAAAGCGCUGCCAAACAGACCUGGAGGCUAGCCAGGGAGAUCCUCACUAAUCCCAAAAGCCUGGACAAACUAUAG